AUGGCUGAUAAACCUGAUAUCAGUGAGAUCUCUCAAUUUGAUAAGUCCAAACUGAAGAAGACCGAGACUCAGGAGAAGAAUCCUCUCCCUACCAAAGAAACAAUUGAACAGGAGAAGCAGUGUGAUGCAUAA